AUGGCUCCAUCAGACCUUCCCACCAAGAUGAAGGCGCUGCAAUACUCCAAGCCCGAGGAGUUCAGCGUCGUCGAAGUCCCUCUCCCAAAACUGCGUGAAAAUGAUGUCCUGCUCAAGGUUAAGGCUUGCGGUGUAUGUGGUACCGACCUGCACAUCCACGAGGGAGAGUUUCUGGCCAAGUUCCCCUUGAUUCCAGGCCACGAGACGGUCGGUGUUGUCGCUGCUAUUGGCCCCAAGGUCAAGGGCUUCAGCAUCGGAGAUCGAGUGGUUGCAGACAACUCCGAGCUCUGCGGUGAAUGCUUCUACUGCCGUCGUGGUGAGGAACUCCUCUGUGAGGACUUCCAAGCCCACGGUGUCACCAUGGACGGAGGUUUUGCCGAGUACUGUGCAUACCCAGCAAAGAGAGUCUUCCCGAUCAAGAACCUCUCCGAUGUAGAUGCCACUCUCCUUGAACCUGCCUCCUGUGCAGCCCACGGUCUCGACAAGAUCGCACCAAAGAUGGGGUCCAGUGUGUUGAUGUUUGGAGCGGGACCUACGGGAUUGGUCCUGACGCAGAUGCUUCGGCAAAACGGCGGGUGUCAUGUCGUCGUUGCAGCCCCGGAAGGCUUGAAGAUGGACUUGGCCAAAUCUCUGGACGCUGCAGAUGAAUAUGUUGCGCUUUCCCGUAAGGAUCCCUCAGCGCAAUUCGAGAAGAUCAAGAAGGAGAACCCAUACGGUUUCGACAUUGUCGUCGAGGCCACUGGUAGCGUCAAGAUCUUGGAAGACUCGAUCAACUAUGUGCGGAGAGGCGGCAAACUUGUGGUUUACGGAGUGUAUGCCAACAAGGAUCGCGUCUCCUGGCCACCAAGCAAGAUCUUCGGAGAUGAGAUCACCAUUCUGGGUUCCUUCAGUGAGACAUACAAGUUCCCAGCAGCCAUCGACUAUCUUGACAAGGGCAAGGUUAAGGUCGCCGGCAUUGUCAACAAGACCUUUAAGCUGGAGGAGUGGAAGGAGUGUCUCGAGGCAAUGAAGAACAAGAGCGCCAUCAAGGCGGCAAUUGUGUUCGACUAG